GCAUUUUGUCUAUGGUUGCGUAGUGAAGUGAAGAGAAAAUUUUGUGAUUGAGAAUUGAGGAAUAGUGGUGAUCUAAAGAUUUUAAUAAAUCGACAGAACAGAUUAGUGUGGUGUAUGUUCUAGAGUAUUUGUUAUCACAACACAAACAUCUCAAAGAAUGCUCGAUCCAAGCAAUGGUAUUGACAUGAAAUCGUGCCGUGUAUGUUUGGCUAAAAAGCCUUUAUGCCCUCUGUUCAAAUAUAAAUUGUCGGGUAAUUAUGCUGAAAUGUUAACAGCAGUCGCUGAUGUAAAGGUGGUGGCUAAUGAUGGCUUACCUGAGAAGAUUUGCAACAAAUGUUGCAUUGCUCUUGAAAAGGCCUACCUCUUUAAAACAGUUGCAGAAAGAAAUGACAAAAGGAUGAGGAAAUUACUGGCAAGAACACAGGUGCCAACAAAAAAGAUAGCAUUUGACUCAUUUACUGAUAUUAAAAGUGAAAUAGGACCUCUUGCUAUUAAAACAGAACCAAAAUGGGAAAUGGAAAUAGAUGUACGUAGUGAUGCAUCUACAAAACAAAUUGAUGCCAGUGAAGGAAAAGACAUUGUCAUUGCUAAUACUGUAAUUAGAAAGGUAGAGCCUGGCACUGAAGAAACUGUUAAGAAGGAUAAUAUUUUUUCAAAUGAAAAUAUAGAUGUAACAUGGAAAUCGACUAAAGCGUCAUCAGAAAUUGUAGAUCUUGAUGCUGAAUAUUUAGAUGAUGAUAUUUUCCAAGAUGAUGAUGGUGAUGCAGACUAUGUCCCACCUACAGAUAAUAAGAAAACUAAAUUUAAAAAACCAAAGCUGUCCGAUAUCAAAGUUUUCAAAGGUAAGAAAACAGUUGUGCGCAAGGUGAAAAUAUUGCGGAAACCAGAAGACUUCGAUAAUAAAAGAACCAUAAAAGAUGAGAAAAGUAAAGCUACAACUAUUACAUGUUAUCCAAUUAUGAAGAAUGGAUCGAGAGGCCCCCCAAUAUUGUUAAAGAGACCAAAAGAUGCAACUACAUUGAGAGUUAAUCCAACCUAUAAAGGGAAAACAUCUGCAGAUGGUACCAAAGUGGUACGGCGAGACAAGCCAGUCAGAUUGGUGAGAACUGCAAAGGCUAUUGUGAAGCAAAGAGAAAAACUUGUUUGUCCAGUUUGUGGCAUUCUCACUUUUACACUUGGGAAUCAUAUAGCAACUCAUCAAGAGAAAAAGAGAUAUACUUGCACUCAAUGUCCAAGGACUUUUGCACAAAAGGGCAACUUGCUUACACAUACUAAACAGCAUUCAGGAGUAAAAGAUCAAAUAUGUGAAAUUUGCGGAGCAGGUUUUUAUAGUCAGAAAUCUUUAGUCAGACAUAAUCUUAUCCACAAAGGGGACAGACCUUUCUCAUGCAAUUUAUGUAACAAGACAUUCAUAGCACGUUGUGAUCUAAAUCGCCACUUGCGCAUCCAUUCUGGCUACAAACCGUAUAAAUGCGCAACCUGUGCCAUGUCGUUCAAUGCCAAGCAUCAGCUGCAAAACCAUGAGAGAAUGCAUACUGGAGAGCGACCAUACUCAUGCCAGGUGUGCAAUGUUGCGUUCAGUUACAAAGUGAACCUUAACAACCACGUAUAUAAGGUUCACGGCGUCAACCUCAAGUUCAAGUCCAUUCACGUGGUGACCGAAGAGAUCCUGCGGCGGGAGAUGGGGCUAGUCAACGAGACCAGGGUCGCCAUCGCGCACAUCAUGCCACAGCUCACCGACGCGCCCACUCCGGCCGCACACGAAACUGUUUCGCACCAUUCUGAUUAUACGGUCUGAUUUUGCCUGAAUUAAUAUUCAACAACAUAUGUAAUGUACAACAUAUGUAAUGUUCAAUACUUGGAGAAGUUAAUACUUCUCCAAGUAUUGAACACAUUUUGUUUUAGAGGGUCAGAUUUAUAUUGCCAAAAAAGCUUUAGUUGUACCUGAAAAAUUUGGCACAUGGCAUUUCAAGUAUCAAGUACAGACAAGUUGCAAACCAGCCAUCGACAGCAACUUGGUUACAUUUGGUAAACUGUUCAAAACUAAGAUCUUGUGUUCAAGCUGUCCCACUACUCUGUGCAUUUUUCUACCACUUAUUGUUAAGAUAAUUUCUAACGAGGUAAAAGUAUUUUCUGGGUAUUAGUAUCUAUUUGAGUAUAGAUUUUUAUUUUUUUAUUAUGUGCUUCUGAUAGUGAUUAUGGAAGUUGUGGACGUUAUGCAGAAGUUACAGCAAAACAUGUAAUUACAAUGAAAUGUGAAUUGUUGAUGUAAAUAGUUACAUUAUGUUUUACUUUAGUUUGCUUUUAUCUUAUAUUAGAAUGAUACAUUAUUAAUAAAACUAUUAUAAGAUUU